UCGAUGCCAAAAUGGAUGGACAAGUGAGGCAUGGAAUAAAGUAGUCAAAGAGUUCCGUGAGAAACAUCCCUAUGUCACGAUGACUAAGCAGCAGAUACAAGACAAAGAGAAAGAAUUGAAACGAGAUUAUAUGUUGCUAAAGGAGGCAAGGAAACAAAGUGGAGCAUCUUGGGAUCACAAACGCUGCAUGAUCCUUGCUGAUGAUGCUGUUUGGCAAAACAUUAUUAAGUCAAAUGAGAAGGCUACGAAGUUCAGUAAAAACAAAUCCUUCCCUCUCUUUGAGUCUUUAGGAGAGCUCUAUGAUGGACAAACUACCGAGGGAAACAUGAAUUUCACCUCUAUUGAGCCAUCUCAACAUGCCAUUAUCACACAAGUGGACAAUGGCGAAGAAUACCUUGAGAGAAGUGAUGCAUUUCUAGAUCCGAAUUAUGUUGUUGAUGUUGAUAUGAACACUCAAGUUCAAGAUCAUGAAGACGAUGGAAUGGAUCAAGAAACUCUACCAAGCCACAUUCAUACCUCCUCAAGAACAGAUGGAGAAAACAAUGUCAAGAAGAGAAAAUUUGCUCCGAGGAAAAGGGUCGACAAGAUUGCGAAUAAGGCUAAAAGAAAUGAUGUCAUUGAUAUGAUAGGAAGGUAUCUGGAGAUGAGAACAAAAUAAUCUGAGGAGAAAGUUGCAGCUCUGUCCAAGGAGAGACGAGGCAAAGGAGGAGUCAAACAAAGUGGAUGAUUGCUCAAUAAAGAAUUGCAUAACUGUUGUAGAAAGGAUGGAAGAGCUAUCAAAUGAAGAGAAAGUCAAAUCUUUUGGUGUUUUCAAGGAUGCUCAAAAUAGAGAGAUCUUCAUGAGUGCAGGACCUAUGACCCGCCUUAUGUGGUUAAGGACAAUGCUAGGGUGAUGGAGAUUGCAAGAUGACAUAUGCAAACAGGACUGGUACUUGGUCUAUUGAUCUGAAUGAACCAUGAUUAGCUAAUUUUGUUAUUACCAUAACCUGAAGUUGUACAGAUUGCAUCACGUUUUCCGUUGACUUGAUUGGAAAUGCAAUUAUUGUGAGAGUUGUUAUGAUGUAAUAGUCAUUCAUUAUCUCAGAGCUAUGUAUGGAAGAGUUAGUUGGUUAAUGCUGAAAAGCCAGUGCAUUUUCAUACUAUUUAAAACUAUACUGAAAAAUGAGUUGGUCAGGCAUUG